CAAUCAAUACUUUGCAGCGGCGGGGAAGGAAGCAACAAGCGGCGGCCGAGGAGGCUUGGCAGAGCCGGAGGGGAGGCGCGCUUGCCCUGCACAGAGCGCACGGGGGGCUCCGUUUGCGCUUCCUGCAGCCGUCUCUCUCUCUCUCUCUCUCUUCCUCCCUCCCUCCCUCUCUCUCUGCAGCCUCUAUUGUUUGUCCAGCGGGACUCCAGGGUGGGAGACUUCUCCUCCUCUCGGGAUUUGUGCAGAGUUUGCUGCAACUCCCCUUUGUCCUCGGCGCGCUCUUCCUCUCUCCUCCAGGGCGCCCUCUCUCUCUUUCUCCGCUUCUGCAAGCCAGGAGACUUCGGCGGUUUGCAAAGAGGGAGAAGGAGGCAUGGGGGGCCGGAGGAGGCUGAGCGAGGCCGGGCUGCGGGCCGGGCCGGUCUGCCGCAGGAGCUGGUCCUCGGAUCCGCUGGGCCAGGCGACGCCGGCUUGGCUUGCGCUGCUAGUGCCGUUGCUGCUGCUGCUGCUGGCGGCUCACGGCCAGGAGGAGCCUUCGUGCAAAGGAGCCUACGACCUGUACUUCGUCCUGGACAAGUCACACAGCGUCAAGAACCACUGGUCGGAAAUUGUUAACUUCGUGAGGCUGCUGACGGACAGAUUUGUGAGCGACAAGAUGAGGGUCUCCUUCAUCGUGUUUUCCAUGCAAGCAACGGUCAUUCUGCCAUUAACACAAGACAGGAACGAAAUUCAGAGAGGCCUUGAAGAGUUGAGUAAUGUUAAGCCAGGAGGUGAAACAUACAUACAUGAAGGAAUAAAAGAAGCAAAUAAGCAAAUCAAGGAGGUCGGAGCCUUGAAGUCAAACAGCAUUAUCAUCGCUCUGACGGAUGGACAAUUGCAAGGAUAUAUACCGCAAUAUGCAGAAAAAGAGGCAGAGCUUGCCAGGGAUAUGGGAGCAAGAGUCUACUGCGUCGGAGUCCUCGAUUUUGACCAGAACCAGCUUGAAAGGAUAGCUGGUUUUAAGGAGCAAGUCUUCCCAGUCAAGGAAGGAUUCCAAGCCCUCCGGGGGAUAAUUAAUUCUAUAUUGAAGCAGUCGUGCCCAGAUAUAGAGCUGCAGCCAUCGAGCGUUUGCGUGGGAGAGGAGUUCCAGGUCGUUCUGCGAGGCUUCAUGCUGGGAAGGAAUGUGGCCAAUGUCUUCUGCUCCUACGAGGUCUAUGGCAUGAAAAUCGAUGAAAGGCCCAUAGAGGUGGGAACUGACUUCAUCCUCUGCCCAGCACCUAUUCUCAACGAAACUGGCCAAACGAUGGAGGUUUCCGUCAGUUUUCACCGAGGACAGUCUCCCCUCUCCAGUUCUUUGACAAUUACCGCAACAAGAUGUGCAAAUGGCAUUAUUGCACUUAUAGUUAUCCUGGUAUUGCUGCUGUUGCUGGCGCUUGCCCUCAUGUGGUGGUUUUGGCCCCUGUGCUGCAAAAUAGUCAUUAAGGAUCCUCCUCCUCCACCACCACCAGCUCCAGUAGAGGAAGAAGAAGAAGACCCCUUGCCUAACAAGAAAUGGCCAACAGUGGAUGCUUCCUACUAUGGCGGGCGAGGAGUUGGAGGAAUUAAAAGAAUGGAGGUUCGCUGGGGUGAUAAAGGGUCGACCGAAGAAGGCGCCCGACUAGAGAAAGCCAAAAACGCUGUGGUGACAAUCCCUGAGGAAUCUGAUGAGCCAUUUCAGCCUAGACCUCCGAGACCCAAGCCUACCUCACUGCCUGCUCAGGAAAAGUGGUACACGCCUAUUAAGGGUCGUCUCGAUGCGCUGUGGGCUUUGCUGAGGCGGCAGUAUGACAGAGUGUCUUUGAUGCGACCGCAGCAGGGAGAUGAGGGCCGAUGCAUGAACUUCACCCGAGUUCAGUCUCAGUAAAGGAAGGCAAAGAGGAUGAAACGCCACCACUUCUGCGAUGCAACCAAAGAACGGCAACCAAGCACUUAAAACAAAAUCCUCAGAACAACUUCAGCCUCUCAGCCUGGAAGUUUUGCUGCAUUUGAUUCCACCGCAAGCCACCUACUGCUGCACUAAGCUCUGAUGCCCGCCAUUUUCUUCUCAGCUUGUUACCUCAUGCAGUAUUCAUUACCGUAUUGUAUUAUUUAGGAACGUAGGAAGCUGCCGUAUGCCAAGCCAAACCAUUGGUCCAGUGCAUUGUCUACAUUGACUGGCAGAAUUCCAAAUGGGAAUCUCUCCCGCUCCUACCUGGAGAGAUGCUGGGGACUGAACCUGGAACCUUCUGCAUGCGACGCAGAUAACUCUGCCAUUAAGCUAUGGCCUAAAGGUGAUAUUACAAAGUGUGUGCGCCUAGGUUUUCAGCGGAAGAUCCACUCCAGGAAUCACAACCGAAUGACCAAUGACAUUGGCUUUUGUUGUUAUUGUAGCGGAACAAUAUGCACUCGAGCCUUCAUGUGCCUCUAGUGGAGCUGCCUUGUUUCUUGGAUGCGACGGCAGCACUUGCUACUCAAACAGGAAACUUUUCGCCACAGGCAGGAGACUCAGAUUCCCACCAGGCUUGGAAAAAUGCAAGAGUUCAUUGCCUCUCAGCGAUGUCAUGUCACGAAAUCCUUCCGAGUCCCAUCCCAACCCCAACCCCCCACUCCACCGCCACCCAUCGGAGUGUGCCUUACGGGAACCUUCUGACUGAAAAUCUUGUCACUUUAACACUGAGCAGUGCACAUGCAUGACAAAAUCGUAGACAUGGUGCCUCAAGGUAUUGGUGGCAAGCGAGACUUUGCCCUUUAGUUUCUGAAGACACCUUUCUUUCAUUAUGUACCCAGGACAGGAAGAAAAAUUAAUAGAGCGUUAUUCUACAGGAAGACAGCCUGUAACCAGGGAUCUUGAGCAGAGAUUGAGGGACUGACGCUACCCCAGGCUUUGGCAUUGUGGCCGAUAUUUUCCCCUCUCCAUCUCCCCCUUUUUUGCACUCGGCACUCAGUAGCACAUGAAAACAUUAGCCUCUGUAAACAUACCUACCCAUUCUAGGCUUAUGUGUUGUUGUUAUUGUUGUUAUUGUUAUAAGAUUGGGAAAAAAACAGCCAUUGCCACAAUGCUGGCAUCUCAGGGUCCUUUUCUCUCUCCUCUCCCACCCCCACCCCACAAAUCUCCAAGGGCUCUUCAGCGUCACAACCCAGCAACUCUCUGUGCAUGAGAAUUUCAAAGUUUAAUUAAUAUAAUUAAAGGCAACAGCAAGCAGCA